GGCUCCAGAAGAGGGGGCUGAUGGGUUUGCUUUUGUGACGAACCCGAGGGUUUUCAAAGACACGAAACCCGGCUCUGCGCUCAUACAGGCUGGGAGGAACGGCGCUUCCUAAACGCGCGCUGUGGAAACAACAGGGCAGAGGAGCUCUCCCGUCUUCACGCGUUAGAAGACCUUCGCCUUCAGCCGGGCGCCUUUUACCGCCUGCACGCAGGGUUUUGGAGGCGCAACUUUUUUGGGGCAAUUACGCUCCUGUGAUAUCUGGAAUAAUAACAACAACUGUUGUUUGAGGAGUGUAUUUUCUUCUGAUGUAUUGGAGGACGAUGUAGGCUCUUGGCACGAGAUCAUAGUCCAAGUAUUCUGGAAUUGGGAACGUUUUAUCCCAUUGGAUCGUGGAACAAGUUGGACAUUUACUGAAUUAUUUUUUUGGACUCGCCUCGUACUUGAAUAUCAACAUUCUUUUUUUCGUUUCCUCUCCGUUUAUCCAUAUUAAUAAUGAUUUUUGUGGACUUGCCGAAAUCAAGGUGUGGAAUUUGUAAGCACUGAACCUCAGCAACAAGAAGCAUUAUGCGUCAAAGAGACUGAUAACUUACUAAAGGUUCCUGUGAAACCUUGGGCUCUGCGACGCGAUCAUGGGCGACACCCAGCGUCUCUGAAAGCCACAGUUUCAACUCCCCCUCCCCCCUUUCCCCCACCCCCUCCCCCAACCCAGUCGCCGGGCCUUUCACCCCCUUCCCUUCCCACCCCCAGACCCACGGAGCCCGCUGCCUUACUCCCGCAGCUUCUCAGCCCGCGUCGGCGCCUCUCUUAGUCGGAGACGAUGCCAGCCCGCUGCUGUCCCGGAGCUCCCCGCGCGGGGCGGACGUCCCUCUCCAUGCUGGCGCUCUACCUGUCAUCCUCGGCUCUGCUGCUGCUGACGGGCCGCCCGUGCCACGCCUCGCCCGCCGGCCCCGAGUCGGACAGCUGCUCCACCCUGGUCCAGAGCCGCUUCUUCGGCUUCUUCCUGUCGUCCCAGGUGUUCCCCGCCAUGCCCUGUUCGUGGACCCUGCAGAACCCCGACCCGCGGCGCUACACCAUAUUCCUCAAGGUGACCAAGCCCACGGACGGCUGCGCCCCCUCCCAGCUCCGCACCUUCCAGUUCGAGUCCUUCCUGGAGACCACGCGCACCUACCUGGGCAUGGAGAGCUUCGACGAGGUGGUGAAGCUGUGCGACUCCGACGCAGCCCCCGUGGCGUUCCUGGAGGCGGGGAAACAGUUUCUGCAGAUGAGGAAGGCGCCGUUGAGGGUGGGCGGGCGGGGCGUGGCCGCAAAGGGCGGGGCGCCAUCGGACGACGGGGAGUUCAAGACGGAGUACCUGGUGGUGGGCAAGCGGAACCCCAGCAUGCCCGCCUGCCAGAUGCUGUGCCAGUGGCUGAAGGACUGCCUGACGUCCAGCACCUCCAGCAGACCCUGCGGCAUCAUGCAGACGCCCUGCCUCUGCUGGGGACCUCCGCUACAGCCGCUCCAGCCGGAUAGCUGCGACCACAACGGCGUCUUCCACGCGGACUGUAUACCCGGGGCCAAGGAGAAGGAUGUAGAGGUUCAAGAAGGAUGGAGCGUGUGGGGACAGUGGGCUGAGUGCAGCAGUGAUUGCGGAGGGGGCGUCCAGACCAGGAGCAGAACGUGUCGCUCUCCCCCAGAAGAGUCCUUCCUGUGUGAGGGCGUGCUGGAGGAGGGCCGGCCCUGCAGGAACACCCAGGCCUGCACGGGGGCACUCGGUAAAGCCCAUCAGCUCUCUCGCAGCCAGUCCCUGCGCUCGGUGGACAACCGCAAGCGUGAUGAAGCAGACAAGGUGCGGGGUGGACAGCAGAGCCCACAGACAGUAGACUCACCCUCCUCGGGGGAGGAGUGGUCGGCAUGGAGCGUGUGCUCGGCCACUUGUGGGGAGGGCUGGCAGAGCCGCACGCGUUUCUGCGUCUCCUCCUCCUACAUCACCCAGUGUAGUGGGCCGUUGCGGGAGCAGAGACCCUGCAACAACUCGGCUGUUUGUCCAGCCGCUCUGAUUGCAGUGCACGGAGUCUGGGACGAGUGGUCACCCUGGAGCCUGUGCUCCUCCACCUGUGGACGGGGCCACCGGGAACGCACACGCUCCUGUAAGCCCCCACAGUUUGGGGGAGACCCCUGUCCAGGACCGGACAAACAGAACAAGUUCUGCAACAUUGCGGUUUGUCCAGUGGAUGGCGUGUGGAACGAGUGGUCCAGUUGGAGCUCCUGCUCCACGACCUGCUCCAACGGGACCACCCAGCGCACGCGGGAGUGCAACGGGCCCUCCUACGGGGGGUCCGAGUGCCACGGAGGCUGGCUGGAGACAGUGGACUGCUUCCUUGGCGACUGUCCAGUGGAUGGAAAAUGGCAGCCGUGGACCUUGUGGACCGGCUGUUCUAAGACGUGCGGGGGCGGUAGCCAGCAGAGACAGAGGGUCUGCUCUGGGCCCAUCUUCGGGGGUCAGCCCUGCCCUGGGGAGCAGGAGGAGGUCCGGCAGUGCAACGAGAAGAGGUGCCCUGAACCUCACGAGAUAUGCGGGGAGGACAACUUCUCCAACGUGGUGUGGAAGAUGACCACCGCCGGCGAGACCGCCGCGGUUCGCUGCCCGCCCAACGCGAUGGGACUCAUCUUGCGCCGUUGCUCGCUCGACGAGGAAGGCAUCGCCUACUGGGAGAAUCCGACUUUUAUGAAGUGCAUAUCGAAUGAUUACCGUAGCAUUCAAACUCUGACUCGGGAACACUUGUCAAAGGCACAGCGGGGCCUCGUGGGAGAUGGAGUUUCAGAGGUGAUGACUAAGCUGAGGGUGACAUCCAGUGACGGGACCAGCUACAGUGGCGACCUGCUGGCCAUAGUAGACGUCUUGAAGAACAUGACCGAGAUCUUCCGAAGGGCCUACUACAGCCCCAGCACCGCUGACAUGCGGAACUUUGUCCAGUCCGUUAGUAACCUGCUGAUGGAGGAGAACCGGGAGAGAUGGGAAGAGGCACAGCUGCUUGGUCCCAACAUCAAGGAGCUCUUUCGUCUGAUCGAGGACUUUGUGGACGUCAUCGGCCUGAGGAUGAAAGACUUCCAGGACAUGUACGAGGUCACCGAAAACCUAGUGCUUAGCAUCCACAAGCGCCCGGUGAUGGGCAAUGCGGACAUCAGCUUCCCCAUGAAGGGCUGGAGGGGCAUGGUGGACUGGGCACGCAGCUCAGAGGACAGAGUCACCAUCUCCAAGAACAUUCUUUCCAACGGAAAGCCAGAUUCGGGUGACUCUUCAACCUUCGUGAGCGGCAUCGUUCUGUACAGAAAUCUGGGGAGCAUUCUGUCGCUGCAGAGAAACAACACCGUGGUUAACUCCAAAAUCGUGUCUGUGACCAUCAAGCCAACACCGGCAUCGCUCUCACUUCCUGUGGAAGUGGAAUUCUCUCACCUUUACAACGGAACCACCAACCAGACCUGCAUAUCGUGGGAUGAGAGUGACAGCUCCUCGCUGCUCGGAUCGUGGUCUGCCAAGGGCUGCAGAGCCGUGCUCGUCGACUCAUUCAGAACCAAAUGCGUGUGUGACAGACUGUCCACCUUCGCCAUUUUAGCACGGCUAAAUCCUGACAUGAACAUGGAUAAAACACAGCUCCCGUCCGUCACGCUGAUCGUCGGCUGUGGCGUGUCCUCCCUCACUCUGCUGCUGCUCAUCAUCAUCUACGUGUCUGUCUGGAGGUAUAUUCGCUCUGAACGGUCGGUGAUCCUCAUCAACUUCUGUUUGUCAAUCAUCUCCUCCAACGCCCUGAUUCUCAUUGGUCAGACCCAGACACGCAACAAGGUGUUGUGCACCCUUGUGGCUGCGUUCCUCCACUUCUUCUUCCUGUCCUCCUUCUGCUGGGUGCUGACGGAGGCGUGGCAGUCCUACAUGGCGGUCACGGGCCGCUUGAGGAACCGCAUCAUACGCAAGCGCUUCCUGUGUCUCGGCUGGGGUCUUCCUGCCCUGGUGGUCGCCAUCUCCGUCGGCUUCACCAAGGCCAAGGGAUACGGAACGCCCAACUAUUGCUGGCUCUCCCUGGAAGGUGGCCUGCUCUAUGCCUUUGUGGGACCUGCGGCCGCUGUAGUCUUGGUUAACAUGGUGAUCGGGAUUCUGGUUUUUAACAAACUGGUGUCCAAAGACGGCAUAACUGAUAUGAAACUGAAGGAGAGGGCGGGUCAGAUGACAGUGCCCCUGUACAAUAUGACGCUCAAAUGUGCCAAGUGCGGAGUUAUCUCAUCGGCUGACGUGUCCACCACAGCUACCAGUAACGCCAUGGCGUCUCUGUGGAGCUCCUGUGUGGUGCUGCCGCUGCUCGCCCUGACCUGGAUGUCCGCCGUGCUGGCCAUCACGGACCGUCGCUCGGCCCUGUUCCAGAUCCUCUUCGCCGUCUUCGACUCCCUGGAGGGCUUUGUCAUCGUCAUGGUGCACUGCAUCCUGCGCAGAGAGGUCCAAGAGGCAGUCAAGUGUCGUGUGGUGGACCGCCAGGAGGACGGCAACGCAGACUCGGGAGGAUCUUUCCAGAAUGGACACGCCCAGCUCAUGACUGACUUCGAGAAAGACGUGGAUAUUGCAUGUCGCUCAGGCCCCAUGAAGCGCUCCUCCCUGCAGGGGGAGGACAAGGCCUCAGCGGGCACCCUCACGCUGCAGAAGGGCUCCAACUUCAACACCAUGCCAGCCAGCAUGGCCAAGGUGCACCUGCAGAACGUGGCUGACUACAGCAGCCACACGCUGACCCUGCGCCGGGACAAGGCCGCCGCCGCCAACGCCAAGGGCAUCAGCACCGAGCUGCCGGGGGCCAAGUCCAUCUACAUCUGCGACGGGGAGCUCUUCAAGCAGCUGGACGGAGAGCCGCCACGGGGGGCCGGAGAGGGCGGUGGCGGGGGCGGGUCAGACGGCGGUGGAGGCGGAGGGGGCGGCCCGGGCCCGGGGAACAACCAAGGGUACGUCAUCCUGCCCACCAACAACUCGGGCACGCUGAAGCCCUCCAAGGGCAAGGAUGACCCGGCGGCAAAGUACAACCUGAGCAUCGAGCAGCUGCCUCAGAGCCGGCUCGUCCACCUGGCCAACUCGGCCGGGACGGACGGGGUGCCGGGCUUCGGGCUGAAGAGCCUGCCGGCCGACCAGGUGAGCGUCUCGUGCACGGAGAGAGACUCGCCCAUGCACAACCUGCACAACAUGGGCCACAACAUGGGCGAUGGCGGCGGCGACGGUGGGAACGGGAUGUCCAAGGGCGAGAACAUCGCCACGCUGUCCAUGAGCUCGCUAGAGAGACGAAAAUCACGCUAUGCUGAGCUCGACUUUGAGAAGAUAAUGCACACCAGGAAACGGCACCAGGACAUGUUCCAGGACCUGAACAGGAAGAUCCACACUGCAGACAAGGACAGAGAGUCGCCUCCCGUCGACAGCAAAGCCGCCAAAAGAUGGAGCAUAUCGUCUGCCGGCAGUGACAAGACCAACCUGAGUGACAAGCAGCAGACCCCCAGCAAGAGGCCCUGGGACGGCAUCCGUAAGCCCCACUCCCCCCCGUCCUGGGUGAGGAAGGACCUGGACACGGUGGCCGCCUCGCCCCUGGAGCUGCAGACGGUGGAGUGGGAGAAGGUCAGCGCCACCAUCCCCCUGGUGGGCCAGGAGCUGAUGGACCUGCAGACUGAGGUGUGAGGACCCCCCGGGGACGGACAGACGGACGGACACCAACCGGACCAGACGGACUGCUGAGAAAACACCCUGGUCUUCUGUCCUAAUCAGCCCACCCCCCCCCUCCC